AUGAGAAUUUUGAGGAAGGAUGAUAUCUGCAAAAACCAGCAUAAUUGGAAUAUCAAAGAGCUUGAAGACUCCAAGACUCAACUCGCGAUAACAAAUAAUAGGGAGCCGCUGGAAAUUCGAGCACUUCUUCAGUUCGGAUCAGCUGGGCGAAUUGUGAGAUUUUGGAUGCGGUUGGAUGCGUGUUGGAUGCGUGAGAAGACUAUUGUGAGUUUUUUUUCAAGGAGGAAUUUUUUGAGUCUAAAUAUGACCAAGAGAUUUUUCGCCUUUGGUAUAGAAAAUUUUUGAAAUUUGCUGAAAAUUUGAUCAUAAAUUGAAAACUUUCAAACUUAAUUGCUGAAUGUAAUGACGUCGAGACUGAACUAGUUUUCAAAAUUAGAAAACAAUUUUAGAAAAUCCUACCUUCAUUAAAAGUUCUAUUUACCUAAAUGCUAACCUAAGAUCUAGUCAGCAUAAAAUACCUUAAAAUUAAAAUUAGCUAGAAUAUCAUCUAGACGCUCAAUAAUAUAGUUGGUUUUUGAAAAAAUGAAUGGAAAAAGUAGGUUUAUGGCUGAAAAUAUGGACAGAAAUAGGGAUUUCAUAGAUUUUCAAGCACCCUUGUUAAAAUUGAUAGGGGUUUCAUGCCAGAGAAUUAAUAAAAGUUGAUGUCCUCUUCUCUAUACUUCUACCAUUGUCUCCUUCCCUUUUUUCCAUUUUCCGGAACUAAAUUUUUAUUUUUUUUUUCUUGAAAAACUUAUUGGCUAAGAAAAUAGGCUUUGAAAAUAUUUCGAUAAAACUGCUCUACUCUCUAGGAACCUCUUUGUCUUCAUUUUUCCUGUUCAGAGGAAGGCUUUAUAAAAAGUUCAUGAAACUCCUGCAGAGCUCGUAACUUUGGAGCCUAAAAGUCAUAUUUUUAUUGAUUCAUCGAAGUUGGUUGUAUAGAAUCGUGAGUAAUAUCCGAAUAAUUAUGACCUCAAAAGUUUUGAACCGAAAUAUUUUUGAUUUUGAUAUAACUUCACACUUUCCUCUCAAAAUCCCUUAAUAUUUCUAGAAACUCGAAAAUUCUUGAGAAAUCUAAAAUUUACGAACUUCUUUCAAAUUUCCGAAAAUUUUGACUUUUUAUUUUUCCACGUGAAUGUGAGAAGAAAGAGAUUUUUCUUUAGAAAUUGUUCAAAGAGGAAGGCUAUUGAAAAAUUUGGCUAGGCGGUCCUAUUUUAUGUAUGAAUCUUUUUUUUUCAUGAAAAAAGUUUGGAAUAUCGUGCAUCAUCUACACAUAAUUUGGAACGUUUCGGUUCAAGUCUCAUACAAAACAGCCUUCUCGAAGUUGAGGUCUGAUUUUUCUGAAGAAAAGUCGGGUAAUUUAAGCUCUUUCUGAGCUCUAAAUGGGUUUUCUAGUGAACAUUUGAGCAAUUCGGGUUUCAGAGCAUGCUUUUGAGCUCUGAAGAACAGUUGUCAGGUUUAAAAUAUUUUAUCCGACUUCUGAAGCACUCAAAUUUAACAUUUUUGAGCCUAAAAUCAGAAUAUUGAUUAUAAAUAUUCCCAUUUGAAUAAUUGUGCAAAUUCAAUGUUUCCAUUUCAAAAAAUCAUGAUUUUCAGCUCUGGAACGUGUAG